CUUAAAGUCGUCAGUAGAUUUUUGCCAGGCCGAUGCACUUGAACGAAAAAUGAAAAUUAAAGAAUUUUUGGUGAUUUUUGUGGGCUUUAUUGGUUUAUCUCAAUCAGGAGGACCCGGUGACCACGAUUGCGACCCAUUCAUCUCCGAUUUAGCCACAAUCAUUGACAUUUACAUCGGAAACAUCACAACCGCAACUGAAUCAGCAAUUGAUGAAUUGCUAACCCUGAAUUCAUCAUUUUAUGAAUUGCCAAGCAAAGAUUUCGACAUUCGAGUGACGGAAAUUGAGACUUUAUGCCUGGAUAAUCUUCUAAAUUCAACAUCAAUUGUCCUUAAUCAUGCAGAAGUCUUGACAAAUUCUAAGGACACAGAUAUUUUGGAUAUAUUUAUGAAAGACACAACAACUGCUUCAUAUCCACUGUCAUGUUUAAUUGAGCUGAUCACAAGUGUUCAUGAUAUGCUUUAUGACAGCAUGGAUGAGAUUUCAUUUGCUGCUAAGGAAAUCAAGAGGGAGCAUCAGGUGCCGUAGAUGAAGAAUUUAUUUAGUUUUGCCUUAAAUGGGAUUUGGUAUCAUUUUGGAACUAAAAGUGGUGAUUUCAAUU